UUCUACUUUCCUUUGGUAGAAACAUGGACACAAGCAUUUCUGGAUCGGAAAAUAUCCGGAUGGACGAAUACCAUCAAAACGGAAGUAGGAUAUCUGAUCCGCGGCUGCGGAAAGCGGUUGCUAUGGUAACGGAAACGCAGAGACUGACCCCGCUGUUGAAGGAGGAACUUCGGCUACAGAUCCUCACAAAACGGCAUGCUAAUGGACAGGCUGAAAUCGACAAGGAGGACCAUACCCCCAAACAAUUUGAGUUGACCCCAGAGGAAAUAGAGAAGAAACAACGACGAAGAGAACAGAAUAGAUUAGCCGCUCAACGAUGUCGUCAGAAGAAGAAAAUGUGUCAGAACUUCGUCUUACUGGAGCUGGAAAAGCAGCAGGCCCGGAACCGAGACCUAGAGAUGGAACUGCGCAAACUCCGCCGAGAGAAAAUGGAGCUUCAAUCGGCUUACGAGAGUCAUGUGACUUCCGGUUUGUGCAGCUUCGUUAAACCGGAAGGAGAACACAUUCUGCCGCCAUGUUCCUUUUCGGAUUUCAGUUUCAUAGGCGAAGCUUUGAACUUGCCAGAGGACUGAUGAUGUCUAGGUUUUUACAGACAUGGUCCAGACUUGCCAGAAUUAGUUUCCCACUGUGUCUUUCAGAGAUCCUCUUUUAAUUUUCAUACAGUUGUUUAAUAUUUUCUUCUUUUGACAAUGUAACGUACGUUAGUGUGGAUUCUUAGUGUUUAAUUCAAAUGGAAACCAUUUUCAUAAUGGAACCAUAUUCAUUGGGUAUUAGCCGUAACCAUUCGCACAUGAUUUAAAGAGCCUCGCAGCAGUAGGGUGGCUGCAAUGACAUGUUUAUCUGGUACAAGGAUGCCAAUAUUUCAAUGUUGAAAUAUAUAUCCUCCGUCUUGAGUUCGUGCGAAAAGAGACCAAUCAAUCAAAUACGUAGCUGUAAACUUAUGAGCACGCAUGGUCAAGCAUUUUGUGUGGAAAUCCCCGUCUAAUUAACUAGCACCAGCUGUGGACACUGAUAUGGCUCAAAAGUUCUUAAAUUGGAGGCCAAGACAAAUAGUGGUGUGCCGGAUGCCAAGAGGUGCGGGUUGGCCCCCUCCCUCCAAAGACAGUCUGUAUA